AACAGCUGAGCAGACAGACAAAUAAUCUUGGCACCAAUGCAACCACAUAUUUAUAGACCCACAUGCACUUACACACUAAUACACCAUUGUAACUGCGUAUCAUUCGUAAACACUCUUCUGUUUCGGGCUCAUAAUGUUAGAUAGUUGGUUGUGUUCUAGGUUAAGAGCCCUUAGUUAAAGUGAGCCACCAGGUUUGUCCUUCGCCCGCACCGUAGUUGGGGCACCGACCGCUGCGCUGCAGUUAGGUUUUGCCUUCGCUAAAAAUAAAAUACAUUUUAAAAACACCAGCGAGUAUCGGCAUCAUAAAUUAUGGGCAAUACAAGCGAUAGGGUGGCAGGAGAUCGCCAUGGAGCCAAGGCCCACCGCUCAGACAGCAGCGGCAGUCACAAAGACCAGGAGCCCAGCAGCAAGAUGGUGGACAGCACAGAUGACCCCAACAUCUUCAACACCCAUGGGCCUGAAUCCAAGGUGUUAGAAGAGAAGGAAUUCACCCCCGAUCUGGAUAACCUAGUGAAAACUGGUCCCCAAGCUCGACCAACAGUCAUCCGCUGGGCUGGAGGGGGGAAGGAGGUCUACAUAGCUGGUUCCUUUAAUAACUGGAGCACAAAGAUACCUCUUAAUAAAAGCCAUAAUGACUUUGUAGCGAUCCUGGACCUGCUAGAAGGAGAGCACCAGUACAAGUUUUUUGUCGAUGGACAGUGGGUCCACGAUCCUUCAGAGCCAGUUGUUACCAGCCAGCUCGGCACCAUCAACAACCUGAUCCAGGUGAAAAAGUCCGACUUCGAGGUGUUUGAUGCGCUGCACGUUGACUCUCUGGAGUGCUCGGACACAUCAGAUCUGUCCAGCUCCCCUCCAGGUCCAUACGGGCAGGAGCAGUAUGUCUUCAGACCUGAGGAGCAUUUCAAAGCCCCUCCUAUUCUCCCCCCUCACCUCCUUCAAGUUAUUCUCAACAAGGACACCAAUAUAUCGUGUGACCCUGCCCUGCUGCCUGAACCAAACCACGUCAUGUUAAACCAUCUUUACGCUCUCUCGAUAAAGGAUGGAGUGAUGGUGCUGAGUGCCACUCACAGGUACAAAAAGAAAUACGUCACCUCUCUGCUUUACAAGCCGAUAUAAACCUCACCUUGGGAGUUCCCCACUGCUUUCAGAGAGUUUGUUUCAUCACAUUUAGCUAGAUCUUGCACAGAAACAAGUUUACAGGCGGAGCUGAAAGCCAGCGGCUGAGAUUCUGCCUUUGUUUUUUUUAAAAAGGUUUUCACUUCGUUCUACAUAGGGCUCUGAACAAAAGUAAUAACGUGUGUGAGUGUGUGUGUGUGUUUAGGUUGUCGCAGACAGUUGAGAUCCACAUUUUGGCUUUUACAGACACUGACUAAGAGGCUGAAUGAAACACUGUGUAUUUGCUGCACCUUGUGAACAUUUGCAUGUCUGCGUGUUAAACAUUUGCUCCGUGGUGGAUUUUUUUUUGUAUUUUCUUCCAAAGUGAGGGCUUUCUGUGUAUAAUUGAUGUGUAUCAACAGUUUUUUUUUCAUCAUAUCCUCUGAAAGAAUUAACUGGAGAGCAUCUAUAGCCGGUUAGCAUGCAGGAUAACAGAUGGAUUAUUUAGCCUAAAGCCACAUCAGUAUAUAUUAACAGAGUUGCAGACUGGGUGUAUGAGUGCUUGAGUAUGAAGUGCAAUAACCUUUAUAGGUUUCCAGUACCCUUUUUCAUUUCCAGUGGCAACUCUGAAACCUAGACUCAAGUAUCACUCGAUAUUAAGUUCAUCUCUCACACCAGUGCAGAUUAAAAAAAAGUUAUGACAAAUUUUUGUCAGCUGUAAACAUUGUAAAAUGAAGAGGUUUAAUGAUUACUAUGUUUCUUGUACUACCCAGCUCUGUGCAUCAAAAUAUAUUUAUCCUAAAAAACAAGCUAGGCUCCUCAAAAACUCAUUGAGCUAACAUUAGCAGCCUCUCCUGAGGUCCUGUGUCUGCCUCUGCGUCACAUGAAACUGCUUAGUAUGUGUUUUCCCCCUCUCCCAUUUUGUAAAAAUAUACUUUCUAUUUAAAUAAAAAACAACCUUACAUUUGUGAUAGGAAUUGAUUGGUCUACUCCCUUGAACCUGAAACCUCCUUAUUGGCUGAAUUGGAGGUAUUUUUAAUCCUGGUAUCAGACCAACCUUGUUGAAAACUUUCUGUGAAGGGAACAGAAUUCUUACUCUACAAAAACACACUGACAAACCAUGUUUUGUCAGCAUUAUCAUAUUACAUGGUAUUAUAUGUGUCUAACAAUUCAGCCUCAUUCAAUGGAAUCUACAACAUGGAUGUAACCAUAUUGGAGAUAUCAGUUUUGUGACAGUAAUGGUCACAAUAGAUGGAGUAUGUAUCUUGUUUAAACAUCACUUAUUUCUGCUGUUGCCUUUUUUUUUUUUUUUUUACGUGUUUUUGCGAACACUUAACCAUCCUGUGAGCAGGAGUGUGGAUAUAAGCUUUGAUCUAUGCAGCAGACAGUUCUUGAAUCUAAAACACAGUUUGUGCUUUUUAUUUAUUUAUAUUUUAACUGUUUGAGUUUUGCAGUGCUUUGUAUAAGAUGUGUAUCUGUCUAUCAAAUAGUAAUGUACUGUAAGUUUCUGUUACAUGGAUAGUCCACUCCACAGUGUGAUCUUGCUGCUUUGCAUGCGUCAAAUGUCUGCAACAUGUGACGAUAUAUGACACAUUUAUUGAGUGUGGAACACUUUCAGUAAAAAAUCAGCUGCACAUAAUGUGUUCUGUAACCAGAGGCACAUUGUCAGAUGAGUUUUAAGGGCUUUGAAAAUAGAUAGUUGCCAAGAAUUUGAGUGUUCAGUUUGCUCACAUGUCUGUUACUUAUAGCAUAAUUAAUGUGCAUUUAAAGGUACAGUGGCUUUAAAGGUUGUGCUGUUUAAAUGUCAGCACUUAUGGUACAGUAUAAAACUAUGGAAGCCCAGAGAGACUAUUCUUUCAAUUAUUUUUUUAAGCUUAUAAGUGAGAGAUAAGGGCAUUAAAAAAAUGAAUCCAAGCGAGGGUUUUCUCCGCUUCCAUAUACACCCACCAUAUUCUUCAGAAUUGUUAAUGGGCUUUCAUUAGGAGUAUUAUUGCUGAGAAGCUCUGAAAGUAUUUUGUGAAUGUCCAGCCUUACCAUUUAUUUGUCCAGUUUCCAAUAUUUACAGACAAAAAAAUUAAACUUGGGACAAAUGUUGUGGAUGCCAGGCGGUGUUUUUAGGCUUCAACCAAAACUUGAAUUUUCAUGAAUGUUUCAAAAAUGCUUCGCUGAACCAGUGAUGUGAUUUACUGUAAGAGGUUAUACUUGUUUGCAAAUAAAGAGAGAGUUUGGUGGUC